UGUUGUCUGUUCUUUCUUUUGUGGUUAUGGAAAAGAAACCAUUUGCUUGGUCCAUUUAUUAUUUCUUUUUUUGAAUCAUUUGUAUUAUUGUUCCUAUUUUUUGGUCAUUCGUUAUUUGGUAUUCCACAACUUAAUAAUUUAUUGUAUUUGUAUAUCCUUACUCAUUAUUGUAAAUUUAAGAUGCUUUUCAAUUGUCAGUUACCGACUACCGAGUUUUAGUAUCUAAGUUAAUCGUCUCCAAUUUAUUGACUAGUCUAGUCCUUAUAACCUAACACACAUAUCUCAUCCUCUCAAUAUGGGCGGAAAGAAAAAACAAUCAAAACAAACCCGGACAAAGCCAGCCCAAAAUAAUCAACCUGUGGAAAAUCCAUCAAAGUCAACUCAACAAAACCAAGUAGAAAAUCCAGUAGUUGUCAACAAAGAGUCCGAGGAUGAAAAGAAAUUUGUCAAUUUAUUACAUGUCUACACAAUCUACAAGCAAAAACUAAGGAGAGUCAAGAAGGAUGAUUUUGUAAAAUUUCUUCGCACGGGUUGUAUAGGGAAAAGAGCCAGCAUCGAGUUGUGUAAAGAACUCAUGAAAGCCAAGGGGGUUCCGGAUGUCUGCAGUUACAUAGAAAAUGUCGGUUUCCUAUCACUUCCUAGACUCAUGCCGCUCAUUGCACUGCUUGCCGAGAGAGCUGAAUCCAAGAUAAAACCGUCAUUAGUGUGUGCAUUAGACUUUGAGCAAACUCCAGAGAGAUUCAAAGAAAAAUUUUCCCAACUUUUAGUGUACGGAUUUUGGUUCCUCGGAAGAGUGAUUUCUGACAGUUUGUCCGUCAAAGAGCAAGUAAAUAGAGGCAACAUGUUUAACUUUUUGAAGGGCGAUAUGGGAUAUUGGUGGGCAGGAGUUAAGAUAAUGGAUUGGACUGUGUACGCAAAUGUUGUCAAAGGCCCCAUGAAUUGUCACGCAUUCGUGAUCAAAGAUCCACCAAAGUACAGGUUUUACUCAGACAGCGCCAUCUGCAAUAUGCACCAACAUCCUUUGUAUUUUCUUUCCGAAUCGGAUUGGUCAAACUUUUCAUCCACGAUAAAAUCCAUCAAGCAUGCUAAGGUUAUUGACAUUGACUUUGCAGAUAUCAUGGAUUGGGGCUCUUCCAUCGAUGAAACAGAAACUCCGACGACCACACCUUCUAGUACGUCAGCUCGAUGGGACUCAGAUCAACCGUUUUCAGACGUAUCACACUCACCUGUGUUGUGGAGUAAUUCGGAAGAGUCCUUAGCCUCAACGGGUUCUAGAGAUUCUGUCGAUUGAUAUGAUCUACCCGGGACAUGAAAACUUUCAGUUUCUGAAAUAAACUUUUCCACGUGGUUUUUACAUAUCAAACUUGUAACUCAAAGUGUACAUUAAAUAAUGUUUGAUAAAUUAAAAGAAUUAAAUAAAU